UUCCCAGCAGCCCCUGCGGUGGAGACGUCAGCGGCGGCGCUUUUCAGAAGCGUGAAGUGAAGAUGGCGUCCGCCACACGUAUCGUCCAGCGGCUGCGGAACUGGGCGUCUGGGCGUGACCUGCAGGCGAAGCUGCAGCUGCGCUACCAGGAGAUCUCCAAGCGAACUCAGCCUCCUCCCGAGCUCCCUGUGGGUCCCAACCACAAGCUCUCCAACAAUUACUAUUGCACUCGUGAUGGCCGCCGUGAAUCUGUGCCCCCUUCCAUCAUCAUGUCCUCGCAGAAGGCGCUGGUGUCAGGCAAGCCAGCGGAGAGCUCCGCUGUAGCAGCCACUGAGAAGAAGGCGGUGACUCCAGCGCCUCCCAUAAAGAGGUGGGAGCUGUCCUCGGACCAGCCUUACCUGUGACACUGCACCCUUAGGGCCCCUGACUGCUUUGCCUCCUUGGAUUCCCUCCAGGGAGACAGUGACCUAAUUUAUGACAAAUACGUAGAGCUCCAGUAUCGCUUCUCGUUUUACUUUAAAAAAUAAAAAAAUAGAGUCUCACCAUG